AUGCCAUGGAGUCCGACGGCUGUGUGGGCCGCCUUCCGGUACUGGUGGGCAGACACUACUGACGAGGUGCUCUUGUCAAGCCCGUUCCUGAGAGGACGAUCGCCGAAUGUUCUGCAUGCCUACAACAUGUUCUGGGCCGCCGACCAUGCGUGCUUCAACGACCUGUUCUGCCAACAGAGAUCACUUCUUCAAGAACUUGUUCCCAGAGUUCGGCUGAGUGUGGCGGUCCUGAUGCUCUUUGCGCACCUGUGUCUGCCACAUUUUCAUCGCACUCACAGGAUGAAGGUUGAACUGACCAGUGUAUUGCUCAUGUCUGUGGGGAUGGCGGCGCAGCAAUCGUUUUGCCCAAGCCAUCCUUCAUCUCGUUCACUCUGGCUGUACUGGAUGCUGCAGUUUGUGCUCCUGAUGAUCGUCAAGCUGCAUCCGCUCAUGAUUGGACUGGCGAUGGCCAUUCUUGCGGGCACAUUGUUCACAGCGCACAUCCCGGACUUCCUCAACGACCAGUCCUGGAGUGCGCAGGGCAUUCUCCCGAAUGAGUCCACGCAGCGAAUCUUUCUGUUUUGUCUGUACCCUGUGGCCACAUGGUGCUGGUACACGCACAGCUUCACAUCCAGGCUCUAUGCAGUCAGGAAUGGCCACAUCCUCUCAGAGAAGGUGCGAGUCAGCUUCAUGGCCGGCCCACGCCAGCAAGCUCCCGAAGGCUUAGUGGGCAGCAUCCGAAAGUGGCUUACGAGGUCGAUGCAUGAGUCCGUUGCAGACUCACCUCUGACCUCCCGGAAUAUUCCGGCUGCGCUGUUGAGCUCCCUGACACUCUGGUGCGGCCACGCUGUGUACAUGGACAUGGCCGUGAGGUUUCUGCAGACGCCUGGCAACCAACCAUGCAAUCGGACUUCGUCUCUGCUGCAGCAUGGCUUGUUUCAGACUGUCAGCUGCUUGUUGGUGUGUCUCGCGGCCACGCUGUUCACCUCGUGCUUGCACUCAAUCGGCUGCCUGACCUACGCCCUCAAGCAGGAUCUACCUCUCAUGACGUGCAUUCUUGCCCCUUCGGCAAUGAGCUACGUGACGACGCUGGUCGUGCGAAGCUGGAGCAAGGACGAUCAGUGCGUGAUCUCUACCCUGGGCUUUGCAGUGCCGUCUCUCCCUGUGGCAGAGGCGGGCAUUCUGCAAGCGCUCUUCCUGCUCACGCUGUCCCACGUGCACCCUGUCAUCAUGUGCAUGGCCGCCGCUUGCUGUGUGGGCUUCCUCGAGUUGAUCACAGGUAUCGUCCCGCAGACGUUGGAUGUAUAUCCGAUCGGAUUGGAGGGGUUUGUGGUUGGCACAGUUGUGCUGCUGAUCACCUAUUCCUGGGAAUUCGCCUCGGUGGUUCGCAACAUCUGGGCUGCUGUGGAGAGAAGCCAGGCAAACGCGCUUAGCUUGGAGCGCCUUCGUAACGACAACCAGGACAGAUCCUCCAUGCAGCUGGUGGAGUUCUCGGCCUCCCAGGCCCCGCGCGCGCUGCCCAUGCCGGCAAGGAGUCUCCGGGCCAUCGCCGAAGAGCUUCGGAUCCCCGUCCUGGCAUCAGAUGGGGCGCCGCCAUCAGAUGAGGAACACAUGGAAUCUUCACCGUAUGCGGCCGAAGGUGCGAGCACAGAGGUUACUCUGGCACAGCAGGCUUCUGUGGCGGUCCUUCGACAUGGCGAACGCCAGGACGCAGUGUUCGAUUCUGCCUGGCAUACGACCGCUGACGCCGCGAAAUACCCUGGAGAUUGUCCAAUUACAGAUGAAGGCAUUCUUGUGGCAAGGCAAGUCGCAGGAACCUUGAAGCAGUUCGGCGACUAUGGCAUCAUUGUCUCCUCACCAUACCUGCGCUGCGUUCAGACAGCCUUGGCCAUCGCAGAUGAGUUAGAUCUGGUGGUGCUGCUGGAUCAAGUGUCCUUGGGUUGCGUGCUGGUCGCGGCGAUCUUGUGCGCAUGCCUCUUCCAUCGAGACACGGUCUCUCCUUCGCUGCCCAAGGCCUUCAUUCAGCUUUUCGGGAGCGGCGUGAAAGACGAUGAUGCCAUGCAUGAGGUCGAGCUUGCCGAGGCUCGGCCCUUCAGCUACGUGAUGUUCGAGCUCGAAAUCGGUGUAAUCCCACCACAGCUCGUGACGAACCCCAUGGUCGAGGAGGACCUCGUUAAUGCCAUGCCUGACACCGAGCCGCGCUAUGUCGUGGUCCACAUGCCCAAUGAGAUGGUCUUCGUUAACUGGAGUCCGGACGCGGCCACGGAACCCGCAAAGUCGAUCUACAUGAGCGCGGCGGCGGGAGUCCAAGACAGCCUCGAACCACCCGUGAGCCUCGCGCUUCUUGCAAAGGACAAGGACGAGCUGACCCAGGAGCUUGCGAAGAUCUCUCAUUGGAGUUAG